AUGCAUUACCAAGUUGGCCGUGCUUGUGCGGUUGGAGGUUAUGUGGAGCUCUACAAGGAGCUCGAUAUUCUUCCUGAUGUCUCCAUCGCGGAAGAGGCUCGGGACAAUUUACCUGUCUCGCAGGAAAUUUACGAACUAGUGAUGGAUGCACCGAUCCUCUACCAGGUCAUGGACGAUUACAAUAUUGGUCUGUUCGACAAGUCUCAGGUCGGAGCCUGCCUCAAUGGAGACACCUGCGUGCGGUCGACGCUGGAUAAGAGACAACCAAUUCACUACGAAAUAUUCCCUCCGCCAUUUGAUAUCACCGAAGACUGGUGUCUCGGAGCUGGUGGAAAGCGUUUGGAAGAAAGACCCAUCCCAACCAACACCCUGAGUCUCCUCUACACCCCAUUGCCACGGCAUUUACCCACCGUUGACAAGGAUAUACUCAUUCUCAUGGCUGCUUAUACUGGAAACAUCGACCGCUACGCCCGACUACGAAGGCCUCGCACUAUUAAUGGUGAGAUGCAGUGCAUAGUCCGUGGUAUCUACCACAACACCUUCUUUGCCAGGUGGUUCUAUGACCAGCCACACCUCGCUAUGCUCCGAAAGUUUGUCCAUGCACGAUUCAUCAUGAACGACGACCUCACCUGGUUCAAGCACAACCAGCCAAUCUCAAAAGACGACCUGCCGCGCAUCAUCUGGUACCCCCAGCAGGCAGAUGCAACAACCUACAUGGAGCUAUUCCGCCUCUUGCCUGAAGGAAAGCAAAUGGUCGCUCAAGCACUUGUUGUAUGCAACGAACCAAAUGACUUCUUACGUCUUGAGCCUAAACUCACCCCGGAGAUGUACGGAGAGAUCACAAACGAGGUUCGCUCACCACUGUUCCGUGAAUUCAUUGAUCAGCGGGUGACAUAUGAAGAAGAGGAGAAGUUGGCAGACUGGACGGAACUUUUGCAUGAUUGUCAUGGCGUAGCGCCUUAUGAACACUUGGUAUCAAAGGAAAUAAAACCUCAUUUCACACGUGCUCUCGAAGAGGUCACCCUUAACGACAUUGGUUUCGAGAACAGAAAAGCCUAUCCCCCGGAUUUGAAGGAUGCUAGGGAUUUGAUGCGAUUCAUCUCCGCGUUUCCCAAUGAACCUAGGGACCAUUAUAGAGAGGAGCAGGAACGGAGUAUAUGA